AAGCGUGUUGUGAUGACUUAGCAGCUAGUUAAUAUUUACCGGCGUCUGAUUGUCAGUCUGUGUGUGCGAAAUGCAUCCCGCGAUAGCCACAACGUUCGUCUUCAUAGGAUGCUGUAGUAACAUGAUUUUCCUCGAGUAUUUAAUAAGAGGAUGAUGGGGAAGCUACAGAACGUAGUAAGUUUGUAUGCACAGCCAUUACUUGUUGCUGAGCUUUCUGUAUUAUCAACAAUCAGCUUCAAGCAAAGUGCCUUCCCCUCUUCAGGGAACCUGAUAACUUUUUCCCAGUUUCUGUUCAUUUCCUGUGAGGGCCUCAUAACUACAUCUCGAUUCUUCACAGUGACUCCAAAGAUUCCCUUCAGGAAAUACCUUGGAAUGGUGGCAUAUUUCUUCUUAGUACAAGUGGCCAACAAUGCAUCGUAUAUGUUCCGUGUGUCGAUCCCUCUCCAGAUGAUAUUUAGAGCAGGUUCCAUGAUUCCAAGUCUGGUGCUAGGUGUACUCAUGCUGAAGAGAAAAUACUCUAAAGCCAAAUAUCUGUCUGUUGUCCUAGUAACAGCGGGCAUCGCCAUGUGUACCGUAGCCUCAGCCAAACAGGAAGUUAAGCAUGCGCAUGAAGAUGAGGCAUCGUCCAAAGACCCAGAGACAGAAGCAGAAAAUGUGUUUAGAGAUUUGGUGAUGUGGACACUAGGUCUUGUGAUGUUGACGGUGGCACUAUUCUUGACAGCGGGGAUGGGGAUCAUCCAGGAACGAAUCUACGGAGAGUACGGAAAGCAUCCUAAGGAGUCUCUGUUUUAUAAUCAUUUCCUGCCCUUGCCAGGUUUUCUAUUUUUAGCGUCAGACAUUUCGCAUCAUAUUUCUCUAUUUAAUCAAACAACUCCAGUUGAUGUAGGACUUGGUUUCUCAGUCCCACAGAUGUGGUUAUUCUUAGCGGGAAAUAUACUUACCCAAUAUAUCUGUAUACGCAGUGUCUUUAUUCUGACGACUGAAUGCACGUCGCUAACGGUGACGUUAAUCGUAACCCUAAGGAAGUUUGUCAGCUUGAUUUUGUCUGUAGUUUACUUCAACAACCCCUUUACCCAUCUUCACUGGUCCGGAACCAUUCUGACCUUUAUAGGGGUCAUUCUCUUCAUGGAGAUGUUCCAUAUACCAUGGCUGACGCCUGUGAAGAAGGCAGAAAAAACAGAUUAAUUAAGACAUUAGUUUAUGAUUGGAUGAAGUUGGUGUGUCUAUAUAUUUUGUUUUUGUUUUUAUUUCUCAAUUUGUUACCAUAUUUUUGUUUUCAACUGGACUGGGCUUUACAAAUUGCAUGGUACAAUCAUUAGUGGAACUAGUCAUAGAGAUCUGGAGCCAUUAGAUAUAGUGAUUUAUUGUGCUUUAUAUCACCAAUGUGUAUAAUAGAAGUAGUGGUCACAUGAGCCCUGAGGGUGACUGUAAUAAUUUAAUCAGUGCCUAUCCAACAACAUUCACCUGGCAGUCAGCAUUCCGUGAAAAGCUACAUACUUUCCAUUUCCUAGCUGGGAGGGGUUGUAGAAUACUGUAAUCUCUACUCCAUGAUAUCCUGUACACAGACUGGGAGGGGUUGUAUAAUACUGUAAUAUCUACUCCAUGAUAUCCUGUACACAGACUGGGAGGGGUUGUAUAAUACUGUAAUAUCUACUCCAUGAUACCCUGUACACAGACUGGGAGGGGUUGUAGAAUACUGUGAUGUCUACUUCAUGACCACGAGAAAAUGUUAUCAAUAUGGAAAAGUCGUGCAUUACCCUGUGAUUUUCAUUCUAUUGCUGUUUUACCUAAUUAAUAUGUCUACUUUCUAUAUACAUGUAACAGUUCAAUAUAUAAGUGACUUCAGUAUUACAGAUAGUUCAAUAUAUAAGUGACUUCAAUAUAGCAGAUAGUUCAAUAUAUAAGUGACUUCAAUAUAACAGAUAGUUCAGUAUAAAUGACUUCAGUAUUACAGUUAGUUCAAUAUAUAAGUGACUUCAAUAUAGCAGAUAGUUCAAUAUAUAAGUGACUUCAAUAUAACAGAUAGUUCAGUAUAAGUGACUUCAGUAUUACAGUUAGUUCAAUAUAUAAGUGACUUCAAUAUAACAGAUAGUUCAAUAUAUACUGUAAGUGACUUCAGUAUAACAGAUAGUUCAAUAUAUAAGUGACUUAAGUAUAACAGAUAGUUCAGUAUGAAUGUGACUUCAGUAUAAGUGGGGUAGACUGCAAUAUUAUCACUGACUGACCCGGUGUUUGGGUGUUGCCAGUAGUUACAUCACACUAUACCCUAUGUUUCUGUGAUAUUCCUUCUAACCCCCCAACCCCCCCAAACAUAACUUACAAAUAUAGCAUUCUGUACCUGUCCUCAAUUCAUCUCAGAUUUUGUAAAACAAGGAAUCUCAAGAAAGCAGAGCAGUAAAGGAAUAUAUGGUGAACUUAUUCUCUGUCGCUUUGAUUUUGAAUUAUGGUUAUUGUAAGGAAUGUGAAUAUUGAUUCUGGUUAUUGUAAGGAAUGUGAAUAUUGAUUCUGGUUAUUGUAAGGAAUGUCAAAAUUAAGUAUAUUGUAAGGAAUGUGAAUGGGGUGGACAUUUAAAAUAUGUGUUUGAAUAUUUAGACAUAUGCCAUGAUGUAUUUGCUAAUUUUUAUGUGAUUUUGAAAGUAUUGAAUUUGCAAAAAUAGGUAAUUCGUAGGAUUUUGAUAUACAAAGAAAAGUUAAUAAGAUUUUAAUCGUAUUUGGCAAAAGAAAAAUGCAGACAAAAAUGUCCAAAUUGACAGUAAGGAAUAAAAAAGUUCAAGACUUGUUGGU